AUGUUUCCUAUUCUUCUGUUACUUCUCAUCGCGUAUGAGCUCCGAAUGGUACCCAGUGCAUCAGCAAUAGCAGUUAACAAAAACCCUGAUGAGGGUAUCCUACUGGAAAUCAAGGCGAGCCUAAACCAGCAGCAUGGAGUCCUGGCUGCAUGGAACACAACUACUAAGUUCUGCCACUGGCCAGGUGUCAGUUGCAGCCUUAAGCACAAGGACAGGGUGACAGUUCUAAACCUCACCUCUCAGGGCUUUUCUGGCACAAUCACCUCUUCCAUUGGCAACCUCACAUUCUUAAGAAUUCUGGAUCUCAGCUCCAACAAAUUGCAGGGUGAAAUUCCAGUAUCAGUUGGCCAGCUGCCUCGGUUGCAGCAUCUCAAUUUGUCUAACAACAUGCUGCAAGGUGAGAUAACCACCCAGUUAAAGAAUUGCACCAGUCUUGAAAGGAUCGAACUUGACUCGAACUUUUUCACGGGAGAAAUCCCUGCCUGGCUUGGAGGCUUACCACUCAAGGUCAUAAACCUGAGAAAAAACAACUUCACUGGAGUAAUUCCAGAAUCCCUUGGCAACCUCUCGUCCCUGCAAGAAAUAUAUUUGACCAGGAACGAGCUUGAGGGUACAAUACCUGAGGGCUUGGGUGGGCUGAAUAAUAGUCUCAUGUUUUUGGAUCUGGGGGAAAACCAUUUCUCAGGAAGUCUUCCUAAGACAUUCUUUAAUAUUUCCUCACUUAUACUCUUCAGAGUGACCAAGAAUGAGUUGCAUGGCAUGCUUCCCUCAGACUUGGGAGUUCACCUACCGAAUCUCAAGUACCUGCGCCUUGGUAUGAACCAUUUUACAGGAAGCCUUCCAGCCUCUCUUGCCAAUGCAACGGAGAUAUAUUCUCUAGACAUCUCCUUUAACAAUUUCACCGGAAGUGUGCCUCCUGAGAUUGGAAAACUUUGCCCAGACUACAUCUCUUUCGACACAAAUCAGCUCACGGCGACAUCUGCACAAGACUGGAAAUUUGUUACAUUCCUGACAAACUGCACAAGGCUUCGUAUAUUUGAUGUCCAAGACAACAUGCUAGGUGCCAUGCUACCAAGCUCUGUUUCAAACCUAUCAGCACAACUCCAGGUUCUUUAUGUUGGAUACAAUGAGAUUUCUGGAAAGAUACCAUUUGGCAUCAGAAACCUUGUUGGGUUAACUCAGCUGGAGUUAUCCAAUAACCAAUUUACUGGUGUCUUGCCUGAGAGCAUUGGAAUGCUAAAUUCACUGCAAGCUUUGGGAUUCGAUGGUAACCAGUUGACAGGGUUCUUACCAUCCUCGCUCGGGAACUUAACAAAGCUACUACAUCUUUACACAAGCCACAACAUGUUUGAGGGGGCUCUUCCUACAAGCCUAGGAAGCCUCCAGGACUUAACUAUGGCAACAUUCAAUAACAAUAAGUUCACAGGUCUGUUUCCAACAGUGACCUUAAACAUAUCAUCCCUGUCAUUUGCUCUGGAUUUGUCGUACAAUAAUUUCAUUGGUCCUCUUCCACCAGAAGUCGGCAGCCUAACAAAACUUGCAUACUUGUAUAUCCCCGGGAACAAUUUAUCAGGAUCAAUACCAGAUGCUAUCAGCAAUUGCCAGAGCCUGAUAGGCCUUCGGUUGGACACUAACUCCUUCAAUGGUACCAUCCCUGCCUCUAUCAGCAAAAUGAAAGGUUUGAUAAUCUUAACUCUGGACAAUAAUGCACUCUCAGGUCCAAUUCCACAAGAAUUGGGUCUCAUGGAUGGGUUGCAAGGAUUGAAUCUUUCACGCAACAAUUUGUUUGGGAGAAUACCAGAAACCUUUGAAAACAUGACAUCGUUGGAUAAACUAGACCUGUCCUUCAACCAUCUGGAUGGUAAAGUUCCAUUGCAUGGGGUGUUCAGUAAUGUGACUGGGUUUCUAUUUGAUGGCAAUCUUGGGCUCUGUGGUGGUAUCCCCGAACUACAUUUGCCUCCAUGCCUGCAAAAUUCCGUGGACGACAGAAAAAGGAAAGUUGCUCCCAUUUUCAAAGUAAUAUUACCAAUUGCUGGCAUCCUUUUUUGUUUCGGUUUGGUACUUAUUUCCAUUUCAUUAAAGAAGAAACAAAAAUCUCAGUCUACAUCACUGACAGAGUUACAUCUGAUGGAUGACAAAUAUCCUAGAGUUUCAUAUGCUGAAUUGCUCCAAGGAACAAAUGGAUUCGAUACUAACAAUCUGAUUGGCAAAGGAAGGUAUGGAUCAGUGUAUAAGUGCAGCUUGCUACUCAAAAAUAUGAUAACUACAGUUGCUGUGAAGGUUUUUGAUCUUCAACAACCUGGCUCUUCCAAAAGCUUCAUAUCUGAGUGUGAGGCACUUACGAAGAUCCGUCAUCGUAACUUGGUCGGCGUCAUAACUUGCUGCUCCAGUUCUGACUCAACCCAGAAUGACUUCAAAGCAAUUGUGUUUGAGUUUAUGCCAAAUGGAAGUUUACAUAGGUGGUUACAUCUAGAUGAGCAUACAUCACAGCAAUGGCAUGGUCUGACAUUGACACAAAGAUUGAAUAUUGCUGUUGAUGUUGCUGAUGCCCUAGAGUAUUUGCACAACAGCUGUGAACCACCAAUAGUUCACUGUGACUUGAAGCCAAGCAAUAUUCUUCUUGAUCAGGAAUUGGUUGCUCAUGUUGGGGAUUUCGGCCUUGCAAAAGUUCUUCCUAAUCCAGCAAGUGAGCAACAGGUCGACUCAAAUAGCACUAUGGGUAUAAGAGGAACAAUUGGAUAUGUGGCUCCAGAAUAUGGAGGUGGUGCUCAAGUUUCUCCGUGUGGUGAUGUAUACAGCUUUGGAAUUGUCAUCCUCGAGUUGUUUACAGGCCUGACACCUACUGAGGACAUGUUCAAAGAUGGGUUAACCUUGCAAAAGCAUGCUGAGAAUGCGUUUCCAGGGAUGCUGAUGAAUAUUGUUGAUCCCAUCCUAGUCUCUGACGAAGAAGCUCAAGCAUCUACUUCACAGGGUGCAAGAAAUGCAAUGGAAGAUAUCAACAAGGUUAUGUUAUCUAUCACAAAACUUGCGCUAUCAUGUAGCAAGCAUGCACCAACAGAAAGAAUCAGCAUGAGGGAUGCAGCAGCUGAGAUGCGCAGGAUAAGGGACACCAUCCUAUAA